GGUGUUUAGUUAACGUCCAGCAUUCGUUGCACGCGGAAGUGUCUUACCACACUCGGAGCGCUGUCUCUCUCGCAUCCCGUACUGUGUAGCUCAGUGUCUUUGUGAUCAGCAAAUCCUCGACCGAACCGUGCAAGGUUGUACAGCAGUCGAAGUUCUUGGCCGGCCAAAUCACGCUGAAGAGUGCAGUAAUCGAAUAACAAAAAAGGACCUAGCAUUAUCCCAUCGAAUGGUUGGGUAUUGCAUCUCACUGUUCCCAGAGAAAAACAGUGUACCGUACGGUUGUAGCUGCAGUUUGUGCGCCCGUGUCGUCCCGGCUUGAAGGACAGUGUGAAGGUGAAAGUGUGUCAUCAAAAAUUUAUCUCAGUAAACACCCGCUGUACCGACAGCAACAAACUGCUACCCUGAACAGUCCGAAACAGCCAGUGUGUGUGUGUUGUGUGCCGUGCAGUGAGUUGUGUUACAGUUGCGUGAAAAUGGCGAUCGCAUUUUACAUUCCCUCGCUGGACGAUGCGGAAGAAAACCAGCGGCUGCUCGAGCAGCAACAGAUUGUCCUGCAGCGACAGUAUCUGCUCCAACAGCAGUAUCACCUGCAGGCACAGAUGAACCAGCUACGGCAGCAACAGCUCGCCCUGGAGCAACAAUCAGCCGCCAUAUCCACCACGGCCGGCACCUCGGGAGCUAGCUCGACCGGGUCGACAGCUUCCGGGGUUGCAGUGCCCACCGUCCCAACACUCACCACACCGUCCGCUCCACCAACUUCCACCACGCCCCAGCAACCACCAUCAACAUCCAUCCCACCGAACGCGGCCAGCUCCUCGUACUACACUGCCCCAGCUCCACAGCACGCGCAACACCACCGGUUCUGGAUGUUGCGGGGCAUACUCUACAACAUCCUGUUCCGUCACCUGCUGGACAAUGAUCCAGCCUGCAUCCGGUGUGUGUUUUGCCACAAACUACUACGCAUGUUGCGUAAUAUUUGCUAAAAAGUCAUCAUCGCACAACAUCACCGUAUGGCAACCGUAAUGCCACCGACGGCCGUACUUAGACGAACGAACGGACGGACGGCGACGACGAUGAUUCGAGCAUCAAGAUGUACCAAGAGUGCGUAUAUAUCUACACCGAUACUGGCUGGUGUUGGGGUAAACCCAAUACCAUCCGGCGGCUUCUGUAGUGUGUAGGCGGCUGUGAUCCAACUUCAAAUUAACAAAAAAAAAAAAACCAAAACUCUUGGGGCCGGUCCCAGGGCUGUGCAGCCGACGGUGUUCACCAAUAGUGCGUCCAAAGGACACGCGGGCGCCGACGGUAUCCUGACUGGCUUUUUACCGACAUUAUCGGUAAAGCAAUAAAACUCCUGAUGCUCGAUGUCGUCGUCGUUAAGCGUAAAAAAAAAGAAAACAAGUACCCGUGCAUAAUGCAGAACUGCUCCAAAUCCCUGGACAAGGUGCUGCCUGUGCGCUGGACAAACAUCACGAACGUCAACUAAAGCGACUUGGCAACGCACACACACACGGAGCAUAAAAAAAAACCUUGGAAGGGAUGGAAAUUGCGUGCGGUGAUGGAAAAAGGUGAGAAACAAAACUACAAACAUCGGCAACGGCAGUAAACGAAAACUGAAAAGAACAAACCAGUGCCAAGAAGCGGUAGGGGUUGCAUCUCGAACGAAUGGGGCAAGAUUAGUCCCAUUAGCUUAUUUUUACUUUUGUUUUUAUGUUCACCCUUUUCUAUCUCUAUCUCUCCUUCGCUCGUAAUUUACAAAGAAGAAGUGAGCAGGCACAGUGUUUAGCGUGUAAGGAUAUGCCUGUUAAGUGGAGUUGCUACAAAAAAAAAUCGAGGAUAACGAAACAUGGCGUAGAAAAUGAGUCUACGCUCCCGUGUGUUCAUACGUGCGAUGGUGUGUAUGUGUGUGAGAGUUCCACGUUUUUAAAACAAAACCUUUUUUUCCUAUGUAAAUCGAUUUUGUGAGAGAUCCUUAAAUAAUAUGGAGCAUUCAGUAUGAAGAAAAGAUAUCGUUAGGUAUCUUCAAGGAUUUCUGUUUUCCUGCAGACUGCAGUACUUCAUUAUUUAGCAAAAAGUAAAUGUCCUGGUAAGAAUUCUGAUACAGUGGGACCACACGCGAAAACACAGAUUUGCAUUCGAUUCAAUCAUUGGUUUCAUCGGGACCAUCCUGUCCAUCCUUGUGGUUUGGUGGUGCUCCCACGAGCAAGAACAGAGCAGUAGUAGCGUUUAAGGCAAGAUAUGGAUUUACAAAGCCAAUCCCAUAACAUUACACAUACAUAUACAGCUGUAACUAUUUCUUAAUCAACACAAAACAAACAAAAACACCCCCGACCAGUUUAUACCUAGAUGUAAGGCAUUUUAUCUGUGGCUGUAAGAAUUAUCCUUUUUGAUAUAGAUAAAACACACUGGAAACGAGCGAAACAAACAGUGGUGUGUUACUUGAGGAGGUUGAUCGGGCAGUAUAUGAAGACCUGCGUGGAAACAGGUGUUGUAAUCUAUCCCAACAUUAGUAUCUGUUCUUUUCAUUUCGUUUUCUUGAGGAAGUUUCGGACUCCAUCUUUUUUGUUUCUUCUUGGAGAGCAAGGCCGCUCUCGUCAGAACUUUUAUCAUGUAUCUCAAACUUGAUCGAUGGAAAACAAAACACGGUAUUAGCACACCGAAAAGCAAUUAUCAAAUUUUGCGCACAUCUUAAUCAAAAUUGUUCCCCGCUCAUACCAAUCACGUGCGAAAAGAGCUCUGAGACGAUAAAACACGAUUUUAUCUUUAUUUAUCCGUAAAUCGUAGGUUAAGUUCGAACCACCCUGUGCACAGUCAGCUUUCAAAUUAAGAUCUCAAUCGUAUGCUCCGUCCCCGGAAACGGUGUGGCGUGCUCCGUGUUGUGUUUUGAGGUUUGUUGGGUUGGUUAGUCGGAUCGUCGUUUCUUUUUUUUGCAACAGCCAAACCCUGGGUGUGUAAAUUUGAAACCGAUUGUGAGAUCGGCUUUUUGAAUGUGAAUCCAUUCGGAAGGGGUUUGCGCAAUCAAUAUUAGUACAUGUGUCAUGUACUUUUUAGCUUCCCGUAAAACAAACACAAACACAAACAUAUCCCACAUCACCACCGAAACAACAGCAAAGACAACACCGGGUAUGGGGAGGAAACACUACUUAAAUUCUUAAACCAAUCUCGCUAGCAUAUUUUUCUGGCGUUAAUUAGAUGCUACCUUUACGUUUAGUACACAAACGACCCCCCCUCCCACCACCCCUUUUUUCCUUUACUCUCCUCCGCUUGAAGGUGGUUAAAAUAAAAACAAAGAGGAAAAACCUCGAUUCAAUGUCGGGGGUUUUCCAAGCUCUUGCGAAUUGCUGUGACAGAAACGAAUGACGAGGAGGUGUGUAGGUGUAUGAGUGUGUGGGUGUCUAUAUGUGUAGCCGGAAGAUGAAAGGAGGAUGGUUGGGUGGAAGCUGAAAUUCACUUUUUUUUUCCACUGCCUUCCUCUCGCUUUCUCGCUGGCACACACACACUCUCGCUCUCCCUCUCGCAUUCCGUUACCAUAUUUAGCACUUUUUUAUAUGUUAUUUCUUUAUUGUUUUAAGUUUUGUUUGCUUUCGUUGUUGUGCUUCAUUUUUCUCCAUCCACAAUGGGAUGAAAUGUAAAAAAAAGCAGAAGAAAGCAAAUACAAAAAAUACUAAUAAAAACGACAACAGAAAGCAUCACUUUUAGCUAGCAUAGUUUUGCGUAGGAGUUUAGGAACGGGUUUAGUCUCUUCCUUUUUUAUGAUCUUCAUAUCGCGUACUUCUUUAUUUACUUCGCUCCGCAAUAUCUGUUGAAUUUUGUUUUCCCUGAACAGUACGGUACAGCAGGAAGGAAGCAGGUUAGUGUUUAAGGAAAGCAAACAAUGUGAUCAUUAGUAGAGCAGCUAAGCCAAUAAAGAAAAAGCACAGCAUUUAACAUAAGAAAAAAAAACAAACUGAACGUAUGA